UGUGUUACAUUGGAACAUAAAUUUUUUUAGUCAAAACUAACCAAAAGCUAAGCCUUAAACUGCUAGCGAGUGGUAAACCAUUUGGCUAAACCUCCCGUGUGCGCUUUUUCAGGGAUGGAGGAGAGCCUAUUAAAAUUAUGUAUUUACUAUAAGAAUACUAACGUACAAGAAUGCAAAAGAACCUACCAAUACUUAUACAGAGUUGGUUUCAACGGUAUCAAGCAACAGCCACAAGUUGAAGAAAGUAAGAAAAGAAAAAAAAGUUCUCACUCUCACUCAAGUGGCCAUAGGUUCGGUGAGCCUCUCCAAUAGGGGAUACUUUCACUAAAUUUUGCGAAUUAAUUUUAGUAUUUUUUUUUGCUUUGAAUUCAUAACAGUUAACUACAACACAACAAUAUACUUGAACUGCCUUAUUCUUAAAUCUUAAUUUACAUAUUACCAGACAUAAGACACUUUUAAAAUACUACUUCCAAAAUAAAUUAAUGAUGUAUUUAACUUUAAAUAGAGCAAACUCAAAGUUAUUUGAGAAAUAAAAUAUCACGAAAAAUUAAAGCCAUUUCUCCUUAGGACUCCCACCGCUGGAUAGGAAGAAUAUGCGUUUUAAGGGCUACUGAAAAUGUUUAAAAAUGUCUAAAUUAUAUGCUUAAGUAUCACCUUUUUGUUAGUUUUUCUCUAAUAAACUUAUACCUAGUUGUUAAAACAACACAAUUGAAGCAUGUAGUUUCAUUAUUCCCCAACCUAUUGGUUUGCAGAAUACAAAAAUAUUACUACAACUUAAUUUAUGGAUAUACACGAUAAUAUCCGUAACACAAAACACAAAAGACUACAGAAGAAAACUAAUGAAAGAGAGAGAGCAGUGGUUUUAAACUGUGUUGUGUCCGAAAAGAAUCCAAUGGCAAGUGGGAUAUCACCACUAUAAAUACUUGUUCACCCCUCACUCUUCCCUUUCACACUCAUCAUCUCUCUUUUAUUGAUUACCUCUUAGCUCAACCAACAAAACUAAUAUCAGUAAACAACUCUCAUUGUGAUCUUCUGUUUUUUCUCAAGAACACACAAAAAUGUCAAUUCUUGUUUGUCAAACUCAAGAAAAAAUCAUCACCAAAAGUUUCUCCCAGAAAGGCGACAUGGGUGGGUUGAGUUUCCUGCAAUCUAUGUCCGAUAUCACUGCCAUUGUCCGAACCAGAGAGGAUAAAGCUUAUGUUCACCCGACCGAGAACCGCUCUGUAUCUAAGCUGAACGAGAAAAGCCUAGAGAUGUGCACAGAGAGCCUCGGAGCCGAAACAGGAAGCGAGAGUGGUGACGAGUUGACCUUACUUGCGCUUGAAGCAACCGCUAUAUCUAGGGCUCAUUCGAAACCUCAAGAAGAAGAAAAGGACGCUGACUUUCGUGCCAAGAAAGCAACGAUGAGUCGCAGCAAAAGCUUCCCGCCACCGAUAAAGUUCGUUAAAGAAUCGAGGUACAAUCGCAUGGUGAGGUCGUUAGGAGAAGAUGGUCGUCUCGUUGUUCAAGCAAUUAGGGUUUCUUCUCCGCCACGUAACUUCGUAGCGGAGCGUGAGGAAGGAAGGCUCCGUCUCUGUUUAUCCCCGGAAAGUUCUUUAAUUAGGCGUAAUCAUGAGGAAGAGGAAGAAACAGAGGAGGAAAAUAAUGAGAACUUGGAGGGUAAACAUGGAAAUAAAAAGUCAAGCAGAUUAAGCAGCAGGUGCAAGGAGAAUGGUCGUGAGCCUAAACCAAUGCUUACUUGGGAGCAGCAGCAGUUUUGGGUAGCCACUUAAGACUUCGUUAGUCUCUUAACUAAAUAAUUUUUAAAUAUGAGUUUCUUAAUCUUAGCUAAUAUAUAUAUAACCUAUGUGUUUUCCUAUGAUUUCUUGAGGGUGCUGGGAGUGGAGUGUUUUCUAAUUGUAGUUAGUGUAAUGUUAAAUGAGAGUUGUUAUUAUUAAUUAUGUCAUUAUUCUUCUUAUUAUUAUUAUUGUUUUAGUAGUCAUAGUUACAACUUACAAAACAAAACUGGAAAUGUACUAGUUGUCUUCAUUUCGUACAUGAAAAAACUCCGAAAAUGUCCUUUAUGAAGCUUCCUAAACACCCCCAACCUUUUCCACUUACGCAGAUCUCCAACAAUUUUCAAUUGUCACCGACAUAUUUUGUGUGUUGUUGAAAUUUUGUGAGCGGUUCAUUUCUUUCCAAAACCAAAACCAGCUAGCAUAUUAAAAGUUCUCAGUAAAAACAAGAAAGAUAACAAAAAUAUAAUUCAACCAAAAAAUAUAUAUAAUCUCAUUAAGCCCCCCAUAUAUAACUAGAGAUUUGUAAAACA